GAUUUAGUUAGCUCAUACAAAAUGGCGGCCUAAGCUGGCGAGUAAUGAGCUAAGUUUGCGUAAUUUUUAUCCGAAAUUCAGACAGUUUACGGAUUUUUUUCCACACUAUAACUAUUAAACGUAUUCACCCCUCCCAAAAUGUCGACUGAAUGCGGUAUAGCCGAAUUGAACUCGUCAAAAGACGACCAAAACGCGGCGAAUGAAGUGCCGUCAUGCUAUCAAGAAAACGAUCAGAAUAAGGAUACAUUAUCAAACCCUAACACGUCCAGCUUACCUUCGGAUGUGUCUGAAGUAGAGGAUUCUGACAUCGAUGAAGACUUGACAGGAGACGAAGCCAGCGACGACGACGAAGAAGAUGAGUGUUAUUACGGAGAUGAGGAUGUCGAGAGUCAAUUCCUUUGCGAUCCCGAUAUGAUUGACGAAGAAACUCAGCAACAUUUAACAGAGUUACUAAAUGCAGCUGGUGUCGACGAUGAAACCGAUUUUAAAGAUGAAAAAGUGAUAAAGUGCUUGACGGAUACCAUGAAUUUUGCUUUAGACGAAGCAACAGCUAGUCUGAAUUCAAAUCCGAGGAAUGAAUCAUCUCCUGGAAGUCCACCGCAAGAAAGCCUAGAUGUAAAAAGUUUGUUCCGGCGAAUACUAACAAAGCAACUGAAAUCAGAAGGUGCUCACAAAACCAAGUACAUGAAACAUUUGUUGAAUGCACUGAAUGAUAGUGACAACUUCCUCAGCGUUGCUUGCGCUACAGGUUAUACUAAUUUAGUUAAAGAAUUGUUAGAAGUUGGAAAAGUUAAGAUGAAGAGUCCUGUUGCCCUAUUCGAAGCAGCUGUCCAUGGGCAUGCCGACUGCGUUCAACUUCUUCUCAAGCAUGGCGCUGAUGUCAAUGCACAAUCAUCAAGCAAUACAUCACCAUCAAAUGGUUCCUCCGUUAAUGGAAAUACAGCUCUGCAUUAUGCUGCAUGCGCCGGUCAUGUAGACGUAGUUAAAGUUCUCGUUGAAGCUGGUGCCAACGUCGAAGAACAAAAUGAAAAUGGACAUACUCCUCUUAUGGAAGCUGCAUCAGCCGGUCACGUUCCUGUUUCAAAACUACUUUUAGAUUACGGAGCAGGAAUAAAUACCCAUUCUAAUGAAUUUAAAGAAAGCGCCUUAACUCUAGCUUGUUAUAAGGGACAUUUAGAAAUGGUUAAAUUUCUCUUAAGUGCAGGUGCUGAUCAAGAGCACAAAACAGAUGAAAUGCAUACAGCUUUAAUGGAAGCGUCCAUGGAUGGUCAUGUAGAAGUGGCAAAAUUAUUAUUAGAUAGUGGAGCCCAAGUCAAUAUGCCUGCCGAAAGUUUUGAAUCACCUCUUACAUUAGCAGCUUGUGGUGGUCAUACAGAUUUAGCAAUGGUUUUAAUAGAAAGAGGGGCUAAUUUGGAAGAGGUUAACGAUGAAGGAUAUACACCUUUAAUGGAGGCAGCAAGAGAGGGACACGAGGAAAUGGUAGCUCUUUUAUUAAGUUAUGGAGCCAAAAUAAACGCCCAGACCGAAGAAACACAAGAAACAGCUUUGACACUAUCUUGUUGCGGUGGCUUCUUGAAUGUUGCAAAUUUUCUCAUUACAGCUGGAGCUGAUCUAGAGUUAGGAUGUAGCACUCCCUUAAUGGAGGCAUCACAAGAGGGUCAUCUGCAACUUGUAGAAUUUUUAUUAAAUGCCAGCGCUAAUGUGCACCAUGAAACUAGUACUGGAGAUACAGCUCUUACUUAUGCAUGUGAGAACGGUCAUACUGCAGUUGCACAGUUGUUAGUUAGUCGUAAUGCUAAAUUAGAACAUGAAUCUGAAGGUGGCAGAACUCCUCUAAUGAAGGCUGCUCGUUCCGGACAUUUAUCAACUGUAGAAUUUCUGGUCAAAGAGGGUGCCGACGUCAAUAGAUCUACGUCAAAUAACGAUCAUACAGUUUUAUCCUUGGCCUGCGCAGGCGGGCAUGUAGAUGUUGUUCAAUUUCUCUUAUCGCAUGGAGCCGAUCCUCAUCAUAAACUCAAAGAUGGAUCAACUAUGCUAAUUGAAGCAGCAAAAGGUGGUCAUACUUCCAUUGUUAACAUCUUAUUGGAUUGUCCAUCGCCUCCGACGAACAAUGUCGAUGUACUUAAUGAUUCGUCUAGAGUGCCCGUCCAAGGAUUAAGGAAUAUUGUCCCGGCCCCCACACCUCAAGAUACAUCACCUUCUGCUGAUCAAACCCCCAAAGCAGCCGUCGUUAGAAAUGUUCUUCGAGCACAACGAAAACACCCUCCACCUCCUCCAAGCACACCAGUUCCUGAUUUCGAUUUACAGGCAGCCAUGAAAGCAGCAGUUACAAAUUAUCCAAACGGUGAAAAUCCCCAAAUGGACGUAGAAGAUCUAUUGAGUAAUCUGAUAAAAACUAUUGAGCUGAACGAAACUCAUGCGGAAAGAAAGAAAGCAUUAAGCGAUUUGUUAAAAUCACAAGAUCCUAGCGACUCAAAUAUUCAAUGUUUAGUACGCCAACUGCAAAAUUUAACUGAUUCUCUAAAAAUGGAAGAUGAAUAUAAAAUUAUACAGGAAAACUGUGAUCAAGCGGAAAUAGAAAAAAUAUUACGGAAAGACGAUGGAGUCCGUAUACUACCGCCGGAUUUGAUAGAAAGUCAAGCUGAAUGUGCACAGGAACAUCAACGAGCCAUGAAAGAAUUUGUCGAACGUAUGAAGGAUAACGAGAACAGAGAAUUGUUGGAAAAAUGGUUACAGCAAAAUGAACAAGCUCCUGUAAUUACACCUUUACCAUCUGACCUAACUAAGCCCGAUUCAGAAAUAUUCAAACAUCCUCACGCCCAACAGCAACUUAUUCAACAGUCAAUGCUCCUGCAACAACAACUGCAAACUGCUAGACAUCACCAAGCUCUGGUUAGACAACAAGUAGAUAGCACAGACCACGUCACACAACUGGAUGACGUUCAUUCGCAAAUAGAAGCGUUAGAGGACAGAUUAAAAUACAUAAAUCGACUAAUGCAGUUGACUAUGCAACAUCAAAACUUGCAAUCGUCGCCUACUAAUACCAACAUGGCCUCUUCUUCAACUCAGACUGUUCUUCCUACCAGUGCAAAAAAGCAGCACAUUCAUGGGGUGCCACCGACUUGCUCGGACCUGCCUCAUGCCAAGAAGCAGAAGAAAAAACACGCGCAGAUAAUUGAACCAGAACCUUCAGAAGAGCCGGUACCCGCUAUAGUCGCACCUGCAUCUACGACAAGUCAAUCUGUUACCCCAAAAAUAGACGUUGAUGCCCAAACUGAAAGCAACCAUGAUACAGCCCUUACUCUGGCUUGUGCCGGAGGUCAUAGUGAAUUGGUUAAGCUACUUCUGCAGAGAGGAGCUAAUAUAGAGCAUAAAGAUAAGAAGGGAUUUACUCCCUUAAUACUGGCUGCAACUGCAGGACAUGCUGAAGUGGUUGACAUCCUAAAUAACCAUGGAGCAGAUAUGGAAGCCCAAAGUGAGCGAACAAAAGACACACCCCUCAGUUUAGCUUGCUCUGGAGGACGAAUGGAAGUUGUAGAAUACCUUUUGUCAAAAGGCGCUAAUAAAGAGCACCGAAAUGUUUCGGAUUAUACACCACUUAGUUUGGCUGCUUCGGGAGGUUACGUAAAUAUUAUACGACUACUUCUCUCUCAUGGAGCCGAAAUCAAUUCGAGGACUGGUUCAAAAUUAGGUAUUUCACCAUUAAUGCUUGCUGCGAUGAACGGACACACAGCAGCAGUGAAAUUACUUUUGGAAAUGGGAUCAGAUAUUAACGCACAGAUAGAGACAAACCGCAAUACUGCAUUAACACUAGCCUGCUUCCAAGGUAGACAUGAAGUAGUAAAAUUACUGGUGGAGCGAAAAGCUAAUAUAGAACAUCGAGCAAAGACUGGUCUAACACCUCUUAUGGAGGCUGCAUCGGGUGGUUAUGUUGAAGUUGGACAGGUUUUACUCGAUCACGGAGCUGACGUAAACGCCUCUCCAGUCCCCUCAUCGAGAGAUACAGCUUUAACUAUCGCUGCUGACAAGGGCCAUUGCAGAUUUGUUGAGCUUCUUCUUGAUAGGAGUGCGACAAUUGAGGUGAAAAACAAGAAAGGCAAUUCUCCAUUGUGGUUAGCAUGCCACGGUGGUCAUUUAGAUGUCGUUCAACUUUUAGUCAACCGAUAUGCAGAUGUUGACAGUCGAGAUAAUCGAAAAGUUUCUUGUUUAAUGGCAGCUUUUAGGAACGGUCAUGUAAAGGUCGUUAAGUGGCUUGUUAAACAUGUUCAGCAAUUUCCUCUUGACCAGGAAUGCGAAAGGUUUAUUGCCACUCAAAAUCCAGCUACACCUCAAGAAGAAGAAAAACUUAAAAAAUGUCGACAGUGUAUGGAAAUAAUAAUUGCAGCAAAGGAACGUCAAGCACAAGAGGCUAACAAAAAUGCUGUUAUGCUUUUAGAGCAAUUGGAUUUGGAAAAGAAGCACGAAGCCAACAAGAAGGAGACAGCGAAACGUAAGCGGGAAAAAAGAAAGGCUAAAAAGAAGGGAAAAUCCGACAAAGACACGCCAGAUGCAAAAGACGAUGAAGAAAAGUUUGUUAAGAUAUCAUCUCCUGAGCCGCCGAGAAAAAUAGUCGAAAAUGGUCGAGCGAUAUCUUUAGUCCUUGUUGAACAGAUACCAGAAGCAACUACUGUUUCAACGGUUGGUCCUAUUAAAACGACAACUACCCCUUUACAUAACAAUACGAGUAAAAUGAAUGGUUCGAUAGAGAACGGAGCAGUUCCAAUUACACCUUCCCCUUCUUCCAGGCGAGCUAAUAAUAUUAGAUCAAAAAGGGCAAAACAUGUGACUUGUGAAAGUGCUGUAACUUCAGUAGUAUCAUCUCUUUUAACAGUAUCCUCUCCAUUGGUCCAAUUGUUAUCUUCGUCAUCGAACUUGGCGGCCUCGACGGCUGUAACAUAUACGACAACGAGAAAACCCCUGAAGACACCAGAGAAAAUGUCGAUUGCUAGUCCGAAGAGGUCAGUAAAACGAGAUGAAGGCUGGAAGGAGGUCACUCGGAAACCACAGAGCACAAGAGCCAAAAAGGUGAAGGUUGCCUCAUCCUGUAUUAGUCGGGUUAUUGGGCGUGGAGGUUGCAACAUUAAUGCUAUUAGAGAGUUGUCAGGCGCUCAUAUAGAAGUAGAGAAGCAGAAGGCAGGAUGCGUUGAUCGCAUGAUAACAAUAAAGGGCUCAGCAGAGAACAUACGAGACGCACAACAUUUAAUUGAGCAGCUUAUCCAUGAUCCUUCAAAGGAUUUGGAGCAUUUGUCGGCACAAAAAAUUAAAGUUCCUAUAGUCGAAUUACCUUCUUCAAUAUUAAAUGGAACGCCUACAAGUGUCUCUGGAACACCAACUAGCAAUCCGUUGACUAGUACUUCUAAUUCCCUGCCUAAAUCAGCUUCGUCUAAAACAAAGACACCUAAAACUCCUAAAUCAAUUUCCUCGGCUCCUGCCUGGAAUCUAGGAGAGAUGAUGACCACUGAUUCUGUGACUCCAAUACCAUCUUAUCAGGCGACUCCUAGCAGUGGCGUUGCUCCAACUUCGUCGCCUAUUACCACUUCUUCCACUUGGUGCACUCCACCGCCGACCACAUCGAUGCACUUUUCGCCGUUUCAGCAUCGUCUUUCGAAUGUGUCAGAAAUUUUGGAAAAGAAGCCAUGCGAAGAUGACCAUGAGCAAAGGAAGAAAUUUGCUGAAGUUGCUGCUGAGGGUCUGCCGCAAGUACAAGUACAUCCACAGUCGACCUAUGAAAAUGCAUUCUUAGGUAGCGGAACUUACAGUCCAAUUGUUGUUCCGCCACCGGCUACGACGGCAUAUGGCUCUGGAAUUACAACAAGUCGGUUCGUUAACCCUGAUUUUGGUACAGCAUGGAAUAAUGUUAGGGAGCCAAUAUUUGUUGAAACUGGAAGAAUGACUAUGGGCGAAACUGCCGUUACAGGUAUUUAUUUUAAAAAUCAAGGUUACUAUAUAAUAUUUUAUGCGCUGAUUGCGUAUUUUUUGUAAUAGAAAAUUAUAUUGGCAAAGAACGCAAAUUGCCCAUGCCGAUUGGAACGGAGAGAGCCCACCGCCAGCAAUCACCUGUCGCUUCUGUUCCUGUACCACAGCAGCCUCCCUCAACGACGCUCGCCCAAACCUGGACAGACUGGCAUCCAGCGGACGUCACCUCUUACGUGGUCCCCACCACUUGGAAUCAAUGCGAGCAAAAUUGGUCCCAGUGGAAAUAGGCCACCUGCAGCUUGGUUCGUUUUCCCUGCCCGUAUUAUGCACAUGUACGCGCGUUAUUACGUCAAAUAGAUGAAAAAAAGGAUCCUGGUUCUUUUUCAGUGCAUCGAUUCAUCUUUUUCUGGACUUAAAAAUUUACCUGUAAACAAUACAAUUUUAAGCUUUUCUCAUCCCAUU